CAGUUCAGAUCAAAGGAGACUUUUGCCAGGCAAUUGUCAACUACUUAGGUCCGGGUACAGAGUUUAGUAUUCCCAGGUUUUCCCAGACAAUCGUGUCGUGCAGGUAGAGUUUAAGAUAUUCGUUUCCACUCCCCAACCCAGCCCAACCGCCAGCUGCCAUCCACCCAACAAAACUUAUUUCGAAUACAAAAAGGUUAAAAAAAAAAUGACCUCAAAAUGCCAAGACGUCGUCGCCCGCGCUGCAAACUCAAUCAGUCGAUGGUGGUUCGCAAGAAGAAUCCGGAAACAGAUCCACCUAACGAGGAGCCACCGUGUGAGGAGCCACAGAACGAAGAACCACAAAGCGAGGAGCCACUGAGCGAGGAGCCCGUGAGUGAAGAGCCGCCCGAGGUGGAGUCCACUUCAAGCGCCGAUCCGCCGAGUGGUGAUGACACAGACUACCGGCUAUUCCCGGAGAUCUACAACCGCCAGCCAUGGCUGCCCACGUUCGCCGACAUCUUCGGCCAGCCCUCUUACAGAGCCGGGUUCGAGCUGGAAGAGACACCUUCCACCUCAGCAAACAGCCACGAAAAUGAAAUGGGUAUCCAAAGCUCGCCCGAUGGCCGCUUUACCAACAUACCCUCCACAAUGCUGGGAGAUCGAUUCGGGAUGACCGGACUACUGGCCGCCAUGCGGGCCACACAAACUGAUCCGAGCUCCACGCAGCUGGUCUUCGGCGAGGAUCUGACCACGUUCGGCUUGGACCUGGCCGCCCGCGGCGACAUCUAUGUGCAUUUCAACGGUCCAUUCACCCACAGCCCACCCGAACGGAGCUCCAUGGACUGCGCCCUCGAGAUGGGAAUGCGCGCCAUGCGAGACGCCAUGGUCAUGUAUCCGACCAUGGCACCGGUCUGGGAUCCCUUCCAGCCGGAGACCGGGCAUUUGGGUCUUGUGGGUGGCGGUGGCAAGGACGGAAGCAAGGAAUCGGUUCCCGAAACGGGCCCCCCAGCGGAAGUCCCGACACCGGAACCAGUCGUUGCUGCUCCGGUGCGAGAGCGUGGUCGUGAACGUCACCGUAAUUUUCAGAGGGAACGCAAGCGGGAGCCCGCUAGGGAUAGGCCCCGAUAGGAUCUUAGUCAGGCGGUUGGAGUUCAUCGAAAAAACUUGGUAAAAUUUGUAAUCUGCGUGAAUGUCUAGCCUUCCAUAUGAGAAAAUGCAUUGAAGUAUAUAUUUGCUUAUUGAGUCAUGAGGAUUAAAAAAAUUUGUUCUAUGAUAAA